CAAUUGUCGAGUCAUUAAUCGAACGAGUGGAGGAUUUACCUUUGCUAUUUUUAAUUGUGAUAGAAAAGAUUAUGAAGAUGAACGAAGAUUUGAAGUUUAUCAUCUCUGAGUUGAAUAAGAUAUUCAAGAAGAUUCAUACAUUGAUUUCUUUUAAAUCUGUCCAGUCUGGAGAGUUAUUGCAGAUAUUGAGUGAUGUCUUAUCGGAUGUAACUGAAACUCCAAAAGUGGACAUGAGAGAUGAGAGUCUAGAUCUGUCAGCUGUCAGAAUUCUCACUAUCCUGCGGGUGUUAAAAUAUCAACCGACUAAAGAACCUGCUCUAUUCAGACAACGAUUGGUGAAAGGCGAUCAAGAAACAAUUUACGAAGUUCUCAAAUGGCUGUUUGCUAACAAAGAGAUUGUUAAGCAACGAGCGUAUCUAUCUAAAUUUCUAGUUAAGGUGGAAGUACCUGCAGAAUGGCUGGCAGAUCCAGAAACCGCAGCUUUAUAUGAACGUUACGAGAAUUUGGUGGAAGACUUCAAAAUGGUCCACAAGGAGCGCGAAGCGGGUCGAAAGAGUGGAGAAGCUGCAGCAGAAUUAAAAGCGGACUUGAAAGCCAUGGAAAAAGAACGAGAAGUAAUUCUGGAUCGACUCGAAAAGAUAAAAGUGCGAACGGCGUCGAACUCCCAUCUCCUGAAAGCAGCAAACGCACUGAGAAUUGAGCGUGACAGGGACCACGAAUUAUCCCUCCAGAGAGUUCAAGAGAAAGAAGCAAUCUCCAAUCUCCAGGUGUCCUUGGAACGUGCAGAGAGAAAACUCCGUCUGCUCCAGGAAGCGGGAGUGGAGCUUUCACCUCAGGUCCUGGAGCAGAGGCUUUCGGAGGAGGUGAUGCUGUUAACAGCAGUGAAGAACGAGAGGCUCCCGACGGAACUUGUCACCCUGAAAUCUCGAGUCGAGGCUUUGAAUUCAGUGGCGAACACUUAUGUCGGUCCUGAUGAUAUAAUAAAGCUCCGCCAGAAGCUGGAUGUCGUCGCCAGGGAGGUUCAGGCUCUGGCUGAGAUCAAAGUAAGCGAGAGUGGGACCGAUCAAAUGGCGCCGUUUCGUCAGCAGGCAGCAGCUAUUGCUGGGGUCAAAAGAAAUACCCUGGAGCGUCUGGAGAAAACUGAGCAGAAUUUCGAGGAAUUGGUGGAUAAACUCGAGGAGAAGAAGGAGAAAAGCAAAAGGAUUGGUCAGGACUCGGUACCCAAGGGUGAGGAUCUGAAGAGAUAUGUCACAAGGUUGAAGACAAAAAGUGUUCUUUACAAGAAGUGCAGAACGGAGUUGAGCGGACUCAGGGCGGAGGCCGGGGUUCUCAGCAGAACUCUCGCCAUAAUCGAGGGAAAACUCGCAAAAAUCAAGACCAGGGAGGAGGACAAGGAGGACAUCGCCAGGGAGGGAAGCCUUCCUGAGGGUUAUUCCGAGAAUAAUGCUGAGAAUAUUAACAAGGAAUUGAAGAAAAAUCUUAUGAGCUUUAAGGUGAAACUCGCACCGUUGCUGAAUGAAUUGCAGCCACUGAGAGUUAAAGCCCAAGACCUGGACGAGAGAUAUGAACGCGCACAGCGAAGUCAUGAGUCUGUAGAGGCGUCUGUCAAGGGUACAGUUAGCAGUUUGUCGGAAGAAGUUAAAACCUGUCAGGAAAAUGUUGACAAGGAUGGUGUUGAAUUGGUGAAGCUGAGAGACGAGAUCUCGAAGCUUCGACUGGCCCAGGAGAGAAUUCAGCAAGAGAUGAGGCUGUACGCGAGUCACAGCGGUGGUCCGUCGUUUAGGGAUAAAUUGAAUGAGUCCAUCAUUGGUGAAGAAAAAAAAUCCAAGCAGUUGAAGGAAGAGGAGAAAGUUGUGCGAGAGCUUGUGGAGCAGAAUGAGUACCAGACACAACAGUGGAACCAUUUGAUCGCGAUUUUUGAGUGUAAAUUACAUCACAUGAGGGAGAGCAAGAAACGAGAUGGAAUUGUCGUGAGGAAAGAAGGCACUGAGACUCUAAUACUGCAGUAACUGAGACCUGUAACAAA